UCUAAGUUAGGGAUUUCUGUAAAUUGGGACUUUCUAUUUUUUUUAUAACGAUGGGUAAAAGAAAGAUCGAAAUAAAGAAGAUUGAAGAUAAAAAACAGAGAAGUGUUUCAUUCACCAAGAGACGUAAUGGUCUCUUCAACAAAGCUCAUGAAUUAUGUCGUCUAACUGGUGCAAGUAUUUCCAUGAUUGUCUUCUCUCCAGGUGGUAAGCCUUUUACCUUCGGUUGCCCAGAUGAAAUUCUUAAUAGAUUUCCUGCGAAUGAAGAAGAAGAUGAUGAUGGGAAGAGGGUUAGGUCAGAAAAUGGUGAUGGUUUUUGGUGGAAAGAUUUAAACAUGGAGGAAGUUGAUACUCUGGAGAAGGUACAGGUUGUGAGAGAUCAGUUGCUUCAAGUGAAGGAUCUUGUUAACAAGAGAAAACAAGAGUCAGUUGCAGUGUCCGUUCCUCCGGCAGUGGCAGAAGCAACUAGUGCUGAUAAUAUAGAGGGUUCUUGUAUGUUUGUAAUGGAGGAGGAUGAAGAUUCAUCAUGGUUUUCUAAUAUAACGUUCGGUGAUAAUGAUAUGGAGGAGUUCGAUAAGUUGUUCAAAGAUUUUGAUGUUGAGCCUCCACUUAUUGACUAA